UUGUUCCAAAAUAUGCCGUUUAACUCAACAAAUUGACAUGUACUGCUGGCUAGCAUUGUUGUUUCCAACAUUUCCUUUUUUUUUUGACUCAGUGACUCAGUUCCCGCCGCCAUCGGCCGCCAUGUUUUACAGUGACCUGUUGCUCGCCGUUUACAUCAUCACCUUCUUACUGGGAUUUCCUUCCAACAUCCUGGCUUUCUGCACCUUCUGCCGUAAAGUGCACCGCAAGCCGACGCCCAUAGACAUCCUCCUCCUCAACCUGACCAUCUCCGACCUCAUCUUCCUCAUUUUCCUGCCUUUUAAAAUGAAGGAGGCCAGGGACAACAUGCUGUGGCUCAUGGACUUCCCCCUCUGCCCCUUCACCACGUUUCUCUUCUUCGUCACCAUCUACAACAGCACGCUGCUCCUGACGGCCGUGAGCGUGGAGCGCUACCUGGGCGUAGCCUACCCCCUCAGGUACUCGCUUUGGCGCAGGCCUCGCUACGCCGUCCUGGCCAGCAUCAGUAUCUGGCUGGUGACCAGUCUGAACCUCAGCAUUGUCUACAUCAUGCCGUACCUUCAGUGGGGCAGCAACAACAGCAACAACAGCAGCAGCAGCGGCCCGCGGCCGCCUCCACACCACUGCUACCGAAACUUCACGGAGAAGGAGCUGGACAUCAUCAAACCCUUCCGCCUGGAGCUCUUCAUCUUCCUCUUCUGCAUCCCCUUCAUCAUCUCCUGCUUCUGCUACAUCAGAUUCAUACUCAUCCUGUCACGACUGCCCAACAUCGGCCGGCGGCGGAGGCUGCGGGCCGACGGCCUGGCCCUCGGCACCUUGAUUGUAUUCACAAUGUGCUUCGGGCCCUACAACGUCUCCCACGUGGUGGGCUUCGUCCAGCUGGAGAACGAGGACUGGAGGAACAUAGCAUUGCUCUCCACCACCUUCAACGCCUGCCUGGACCCGUUUAUCUUCUACUUCUCAUCGGUGGCGGUCAGGACCAUGUUGAACAGCUGCUUCAGGAGCAUCGUGGGUAAACUGCACAUCCUCAGGUUUGGAGCUGCCCCGCCGCAGAAGUCCACCAGGAGUGGGAAGUACAGGGAAACUGUUCCACCUUGAGAGGGAACAUAAUGUUCCAAGACUCUCAAGGUGGAACCUCGACUUCAGGAGCUGUUGACACUGGAGCUUCAAGGACUUUCACAAACUCUCCAGGCUCACGGCAUCACAGGCAUCACAUCAUUUCCUUUGACCGGCAGUCGAAGCCUCGUUGGUUGUUGGACGCCCUAACCUGCA